ACGCUGCCGGUGGCGGCUCCCGCGGCUCCCGGCGGCUCCGGCGGCGGCGCCGUUCCCUGCCCGCGCGGCUCUCCGACGCACUGCUCGGGCGGCUCCCGCCGCGGCGCAGCUCUCCGGCGGCGCGGUUUCCCGCGGUGGCGCGGCUCAUGCCCCUGGGCGCGGGGUUCGCAGGUGGGCCGGCCGCCGCUGGGAGAUAGGCCCCCGGGGGCGACCGCGGCGGACCAUGGCGCGGAGACCCGGGGCGCCGGCCGCCUACGGGGAGGAGUUCUCCUUCGUCAGCCCGCUGGUGAAAUACCUGCUCUUCUUCUUCAACAUGCUCUUCUGGGUGAUUUCCAUGGUGAUGGUGGCUGUGGGCGUCUAUGCCCGGCUGAUGAAGCACGCAGCAGCCUUGGCUUGCCUGGAGGUAGACCCUGCCAUCCUGCUGAUUGUGGUGGGUGUCCUCAUGUUCCUGCUCACUUUCUGUGGCUGUAUUGGAUCCCUCCGGGAAAAUAUCUGCCUCCUGCAGACGUUCUCCUUCUGCCUCACCAUUGUGUUCCUGCUACAGCUCGCUGCUGGGGUCCUGGGCUUCGUCUUCUCAGACAAGGCUCGGGGGAAAGUGAGUGAGAUCAUCAACAAUGCCAUUGUGCACUACCGAGAUGAUUUGGAUCUACAGAACCUCAUUGAUUUUGGUCAGAAGAAGUUCAGCUGCUGUGGAGGUAUUUCCUACAAGGAUUGGUCCCAGAAUAUGUAUUUCAACUGCUCAGAAGACAACCCUAGCCGUGAGCGAUGUUCUGUGCCUUACUCCUGUUGUUUGCCUACCCCCAACCAGGCAGUGAUCAACACUAUGUGUGGCCAAGGUAUGCAGGAUCUUGACUACUUGGAAGCUAGUAAAGUCAUCUACACCAAUGGCUGUAUUGACAAGUUGGUCAACUGGAUACACAGCAACCUAUUCUUACUUGGUGGUGUGGCAUUGGGCCUAGCCAUCCCCCAGCUGGUGGGAAUCCUGCUGUCCCAGAUUCUCGUGAAUCAGAUCAAAGAUCAGAUCAAGCUACAGCUCUACAACCAGCAGCAUCGGGCAGACCCAUGGUACUGAGAAUCCAUCCUGCAUCUCCUCACCAUAACGACAGGCAAGCCUCAUCAACCAAUAGCAGUGGGUGCUGAGAGCAGCACCCAAUGGAGAUUUGGAUUCCAGCCCCCCACCACUGAUGACCCAGCAGGAGGAAGCAAACUCCAGAUGGGCAGAAGGCAGGGCACAAAGGUGGCUCAGGUCUUGGAAGGAUGUGCCUCCUCUCCUCUCCCUUAGUCCAUUUUGUAUUGCUUCUAACCUUAAGCAUUUGGGUUUAUGUUUUUAAAGUUUUGUUUGGGAAACAGAAGUUGCACAGAGAGUUGUGGGGGGUACUAGCUGCUGCCUUUUCACUGAGGUACUACAACUGACAGCUCUGUUAGGGCCGCUACUGAGCUUGGUGCACAUACUUAGAUGCUGUUGCCAAAGAGACCUGGCUGCAGAAAGUAGACACCAGCAGCCCUGCCUGGAGUCCAGUUGGCAUGAUACCAGCUCCAGAAGGGAAAGGAGUGGAGCAGGCAGUGGAGAGUGAGCACGGGGGUCGGUUGGGGACAGCUGUGUGUGUUGGGUAGGAGUGGAGAGGGGAUAUGUUUACCAAAUGCCUGCCCUGCCAUCCUUCCAGGUAGUCAGAGUGAGCUACAUCCUGCCCCUCCCUCAUUUCCGUGGAAACAUGGCAGCAAAGGCAAGUGGUACAACAGCUGCCAAGUUUAUCCCCACCCCAUCCCACCCACUCUGAAAAAAAUUCGGAACCAUGGUCCCUAUACUCUGCAGUCAGCAGGAGUGGGACAGUGCCAUACAUACCCCUGAAUUUCUGUCUGACCCUCUCCAGCAAGUGGGGUUUUCUUUAACUUGGAAGUAUGCAGAGGAGUGGUAAUGUUCCCCAUUCUUAUUCCCCCUGCACCAGAACCUAGUGUUUCUACAGUGUAAGAAGCAGGAAUCUUGCUGGGGCUGGGGGAGCCAGAAAUGGCAAUAAAAGUUUGUUGACGUGGGCUGAGCUGGCCUCAAUGAAUUUUCCAUUCUGGCAACUAGAAGGAGAGAAGUUGAAGGGUCCAGACGGUGGGCCCUGCCUCCAGGAGGAGACUGGAGACGCUCCUAAAUGCCACAGUACCUCCCUCGCCCCACACACCCCAUCUACCUCAACCUAGCCCUCUGGGAUCUGAAUAAGAUCGAAAGAUUCCCAGUUCUGAUUUGGGAACGUGUAAUUUUAUCCUAAAACCAGACGUUAUUUAUUAUUAUUAUUAGUUUUUCCCCAAAACUUAGGCUGCGGUAGAGAGGGAAGGAUAAAGUUCCCUCUCCGCUGGAUCAGGGAGUGAGAUGAAGAGAAAGAAGGCCAUCUUUUCCGCCUGGUGGAGCUCCGCUGGCCAGCUUCUCCAUCUUCAUCUGAAGUUGCUGGGGAUCCGCAGCCCACCCUGGCUUAGGAGGGACUCGGCACACACACAGAACUGUGCGGGGGCUUUCUCCCGCCCGGAGCAGCGUGCGGGGCGGGGCGGCACGUCCGGGGGCGGGGCGCGCGGCUCCGUGGGUGGUCCCCACCCAGCGGCUGCCGGGCGGGCGGGGAGACGGCUGGUCCUGUUGGGGUGGACGAGGCAGAUAGUGUCCCCGAAGUUCCUUCGCCGACCCCUGCUGUUGGGGGUCCAGACUAGGGGCUUGGUCUGACCAGGGAAAGCCUGGAAAGGAUCAUGCGAUGCUGGCAGAGAAGUCGCGAGCUCGCCCCCGCCCCCAGUGUUUCUUCAGCGAGCCUUCUGCUCCUGGAGGGCGCCUUUCCAGCAGCCGCCUGGGACCGGGCCAAUGUUUAGCUCCCAGCUAGUAACAGAACGGAAAGGAGAAAUAAAAUCAUCACGAAUAUAAAAGUAACGGCCUUUUAUUCUGGGAGAGAAGAGCAAAAAGCGCGCUUUCUUGGCUACGUACCUUUCUUGCCUAGUGCCUGAGACAUGCGUUUUAUACAUUUCCUUGUUUCAGUGACCUGGACCCAGAAGUGGCUGUCUUGAAUUAGGGACUGUGGUAGGGCACCCUCCCGGUUCAGCCGUUUUGAGGAGCUCAUCUUGAAGCACGCUCCGUUGGGGUCUCUUGGAGGAAGUGAGAGACCAGAGACAGUGGUUUCCCCAAACCAGUAUUCAAAUCCAGGUUUCUUAAGCUCUACUUCAUCAGGGGCUCUUCUAUCUCGGUAUCUAGCCUUCUGACCUGGACUAAAGGCCCAGAAUUUCUACCCAUGUCUCAGGCUUUAAAAUUCCCUGAGCAGAAGUCCAGGAAUUUGUUGGGCAGUUCACUGUUUCUAGUUAGAUUGCAGUUUGUAGUACCUCUGAUUCCCAGAUCCACUUGUCUUUGUCUUUGGCCUGAUGCUAGGGGAGAAAAUGUCCCAGUUUUGUUUUGUAAUACUUGGAAUUGAACCUAGGAGAGUUUUAUCUCUGAGCUACACCCCAUCCCUUUUUAUUUUUUAGUUUGAGAUAGGGUCUCACUAAAUUGCUUAAGCUGGCCUCGUGCCAGCCUCCUGUCUCAAUCUCCCGAAUAACUGGGAUUACAGGUAUGGGUCAGCAGGCCCAGCAAAUGUGUCCCAGUUUUUUAAAAGUUUUCUCAUUGUUAUUUCAUGUUCAAUUGAAGUUUACCCUGAGUUUUCACCUGUUUCUAGUAAUCCCAGUCCCAAACAGGUGGACUUGACUCCAAUUUUAGAACAGCUAAUCAGGCCCCAAAGGUGGGUAAAUGCUUGUUUAUUUUUAUUUAUUUAUUUUUUUCUUAUGGUGCUGGGAAUUGAACCCAGGGCCUUGUGCAUGCAAAGCAAGUGCUCUACCAACUGAGCUACAUCCCAAGCCCCCCAAAGGUGGGUAAAUGGAAGGAGAUUCUUGGGAACAACAGAAAUGAACCUGGGUGGGCAGAAGCAGAAGGCAAAGUGUGAAAACCUGGCUAGAUGGCAUGGCAAGAAAGGUACCAGUGGAUUCAGUGGGCCUCAUACCCUCCAAUUAAACAGGGACCUGUGUCCAGGAGAACAAAUUUUGCAGACAUUCUGGUUCCCUCUGUAGUUGUUUGCUAUCACAAAUUACCACAAAUUUAGUCACUUAAAACAACAUAUACUUGUUGUCUUACUGUACUGGAAGUCAAAAGUCCAAAAUAGGUCCCACUGAGCUAAAAUCAAGGUGUUACUAGGGCUACCUUCCUUUUAGAGGCUCCAGGGGAGUAUCCAUUUUUCCCGCUUCCAGAGGCCAUUUGCAUUCCUUGGUGUGAUCCCUGUCUCCAUCUUCAGAACACACCACUCCAGUUUCUUUUGUCAUAUCUCCUUUCCCUCUGACUCUCGCACCACAUCCUUAUAAAACCUUUGUGAUUAUAACAGGCACACCUGGGUUGUCCAGGGUGAUCUUCCCAUUUUAAGAUUCUUAAUUUAGCCACAUCUUCAAAAUCCUUUUUACCAUGUAAGAUAUACACAGGUUCUGGGGAUCAGGACAUGGACAUUUUUGGAGUAACCAUUAUUUAGCCCAUUAUUUUCCUCUUUCCAGUCUCAUGCUUAAGAUGAGGGACCUUGAGAAUGAGCAAAUGUUGAAUUGUGGCCAAGAGGGAGGUAGGUGUUCUUUGGCCCUAUCGCUAAUAAUUACCUGACAUGUAUUGACUUCUUGCUAUCUGCCAUGCAUUGACUUCUUGCUAUCUUCCAUGUACAUGUUCACUAUGAAGUUUAAUAUGCAGCCUUAUUAUUUUCUGACUCAUCCUCAUCCUGAAAACCAGAUGUAUUAACUGGGCCAGGGACCAGUUGCAAAAAGGGGACAGUACAGCUUCUUCUAGCAGAAGAAUUCUCCUGGUCUUUUAUUCUAAAAAGAUCAGGAACACUGUGUAAAUACCUUCAUUCCCUUCAAAAUAAGUUCAUGAUAAUUAGAUAGGCCAAAUUGCCGUAGAUAAAGCACUUCACAGAUUGCAUAAAGUAAGGAUUAACCAUGUUCUAGAACUCAGAUGAGAAAUUAAGCCUCCAGAGUCUUCUCACUCCAUGCCAGAAACCUGGUAAAUCAGUCAGAUAGAUGAGUAUAGAAAUUCCAUAAAUACUUUUUUUGAACAUCAGUGUCUAAUAGAAAGCAGCAGUGACAAGAGUAAAGGGUAAUCACAGAAAUUGUUAGGCAAAUGGAUUAUCAUUUGGAAAAUAAAAAUCAGACUGUGUCAUAGCUCUGAGGAGAGGGAGUGGACAGCUUUCUGGACUGUCUGCCCAACUCACAGUGAUCCUUCUUUAGAAAUGAGUCCCCCAACCCCUAAGCCAUAGGGGUAAAUGGCAAGGAAUCACAUUUGUACAAUAAACCUGGUCCCCUGAGGCAUAGCUGAUUGGGUCAGGCUAGGGCACUUAUUUGUUUCCUAAGGCUGCCAUAACAAAGCGCCACAAACCAGGUGGCUUAAAACAAGAGAAACAUAUUGCCUCCCAGUUUUGGAGACCAGAAAUCUGAAAUCAAGGUAUUGGCAGGUCAUGUUCCCUCUGAAGCCUUGGGGGGAGGAACCUCCUUUGCCUCAUGCAGGUUUCAGUCGCCAUAGGCAUUCCCUGGAUGGUGGCAGUGUAAUUGUGAACUCUCUUCACAUGUUCACAUGUCAUCUUCCUUCUAUGUCUGUGUCCCAGUUUCCCUCUUCUUAUAUGGACACCUGUCAUUGGAUUAAGGGACCAUCCUACUCCGGUGUGUCCUUGUCAUGCCUGGUUACUGCUGCAACAACACUAUCUCCAAAUAAGGUUACAUUCUGAGCUGGGGAAGGUGUUACGGCUUUUUUGUCUUUUGGGGGAAUGACACAAUUCAACCCAUAACAGGCAUGCAGCCUGAAUUGUUUCCCAGUUCCUUCCCUGGGACCUUGGAAUUGAAAAUGAGAUUUUAUUCACCAUGGGAAGCUGAAGUUAGCCCUCUUUCACUUCAUGGACUAAAUAGCGAAGAAGGUCAGUUUAAAGAAGGAGAAGAAUGAAACAAUGGAGGUGAGGUGGGGAGGCAGAAAUCCAAGGGGCAAAUGAAGAAUCCUCCUGGAAGCAGUUUUCCUCUAUGAUCCUAAGGCUUUCUGUGGCUUCACUGCUUUCCUGCCACGGCUUCCCUGAGGUACCCUGUGUGCUCACAGUAAACUUGUUUGGUUCGCUUAAGGAGGCUCAGCUUGGUUUCUCUUGCUUAUAAGCAAAGAUAACAGAAAAGCUAGAAUCAGAGUAGAAUGCCAUAUUUGUUUUCUGUUGAUGCUGUAAAAACUUAACCACAAAUUUCACGCAUAAGACAACCAAAUAUAUAGUUCUAGAGGUUGCAAGUCUAAUAAGGGGCUUACUGGGUAAAAAUUGAGGUGUUGAUAGGUCUGCAUUUCUUUCUGUGGGUUCCAGGGGAGAAUCUAUUUCCUUAUGUUUUCAUUUCUUGAGACCGCCUGCAUUCCUUGGUUGGUGGUCCCCUUCCUCCUUCUUCACAGUCAACAAUGGCAGGUCAGAUCCUUCUCACACUACCAUCUCUCUGUUUCUCUGCAGCCAGGAAAGGCUUUCCCACUUUUAAGGACUCAUGUGAUUCACUGGGGCCAUCUGCAUAACCAGGCCACUUUCCCUAUCUCAAGGUGGUGGGAGUGGUUGUUUUGCAACAGUAGGAAUUGAACACAGGAAUGCUGUAUCUCUGAGCUACAUCCCCAGCCCUUUUUUAAAAAUUUGAGGCACAGUCUAACUUUCCAAGGUUGACCUUGAAUUUUCGAUCCUCCUGCCUCAGCCUCCUGAGUUACUGGGAUUACAGGACUACUAGGCUCAUCAUUUAUUUGUUUGGUACUAGGGAUUGAACCCAGGGGUGAGCGUCACCCCCCUUUAUUUAUUUAUUUAAGACAGGGUCACUAUGUUGCUCAGUAUGGCCUGAAACUUGCUAUCCUCCUGCCUCAGCCUCCCAAAUUGCUGGGGUUACAGGUAUGUGCCACCAUGCCAGGCUCAAGUUUCAUAAAUUUAAUCACAUCUGUCUGCAAAGUCCCUUUUGCCAUGUGAGGUAACUUGUUCUCAGGUUCUGGGAAAUAGGAUGUGGAAAUCUUUCAAACCCAUUACUUUGUCAACCACAAAUGUACAAUAAAAUAUAUCAUGACCAUUUGUAGUAAGAUAGAUGACUGAAAAUUUAAUGGUUUUUGUUUCUUUUCCUUACAAAAUUGCUUCACUUCAUUUGAACAAUGCAUGCUGAAGUCCUGUCUUACUGAAGUUCUUUUUGAGGAACACAGGGUCAACUCUGUCAGAUUCAAGAAACUUUAUUUAGCUGCCUUCUCAGAUUUGAAGUUUUAACUAUCCUAGAAAGAUGCUAAAUGAGGACAUACUCCGGAAAGACCUAAUGGCCGCCAGAGAGGAGUGAACUAAAUGGGGGUGAAAUGCAUAUUCCCCACUGAAGAAUU